GACAAAGUUGGUCGUUGAUUAUGGUUGUUGAUCUGAGACGAGCUAAAUUAUCUGAAAGCAUCGUAUGUAAAGUUGAAAAAUAUUUUCAACUACAAGAAUGGAUGUAGAACUUUUGUACUAAUGAAAAGUAAUAAAUUUUUCCAUCUUGUGAUUAAUUGAAAAAAAAAUAUACAUAAAAAAAUGUAUCUAUACAACUUGACUCUUCAGCGUGCUACAGGUAUUACCCAUGCAGUGCAUGGAAAUUUUUCUGGUAGUAAAAUGCAAGAGAUUUUAGUUUCACGUGGCAAAUCUUUAGAAUUAUUAAGACCAGAUCCAAAUACUGGUAAAGUUCAUACUCUUUUAACUGUUGAAGUAUUUGGAAUCAUAAGGUCUUUAAUGGCCUUUAGAUUAACUGGUGGUACAAAAGAUUACAUUGUUGUUGGAUCAGAUUCUGGACGCAUUGUAAUUUUAGAAUAUAUUCCUGCUAAAAAUGUUUUUGAGAAAGUACAUCAAGAAACAUUUGGAAAAAGUGGAUGUAGACGCAUUGUACCUGGACAAUACUUAGCUAUAGAUCCUAAAGGAAGAGCUGUAAUGAUAGGUGCCAUUGAGAAACAAAAGCUUGUUUACAUUUUAAAUAGAGAUCCAGAAGCUCGUCUUACAAUUUCUUCACCUUUGGAAGCACAUAAGAGUAAUACAUUAGUUUAUCAUACUGUGGGAGUGGAUGUAGGUUUUGAAAAUCCUAUGUUUGCUUGUCUAGAAAUUGAUUAUGAGGAAGCUGAUAGUGAUCCUACAGGAGAUGCAGCAGUAAAAACACAACAAACUUUAACUUUAUAUGAACUUGAUCUUGGUUUAAAUCAUGUUGUACGUAAAUAUAGUGAACCUUUGGAAGAACAUGCAAAUUUCCUUGUAUCUGUCCCAGGAGGAAAUGAUGGACCAAGUGGUGUUCUUAUUUGUUCUGAAAAUUAUCUAACAUAUAAAAAUUUAGGAGAUCAACAUGAUAUUCGUUGCCCAAUUCCGAGGAGACGUAAUGAUUUAGAUGAUCCUGAAAGGGGCAUGAUAUUCGUGUGUUCUGCUACUCAUAAAACUAAAAGCAUGUUUUUCUUUUUGGCUCAAACAGAACAAGGAGACAUUUUUAAGAUUACACUUGAAACAGAUGAAGAUAUGGUGACUGAAAUUAAAUUAAAGUACUUUGAUACGGUACCUGUAGCAGCAAGUAUGUGCGUUUUAAAAACAGGUUUUUUAUUCGUAGCUUCUGAAUUUGGUAAUCAUUAUCUCUAUCAAAUUGCACAUUUAGGAGAUGAUGAUGAUGAACCAGAAUUUAGUUCUGCCAUGCCUCUUGAAGAAGGCGAUACGUUCUUUUUUGCACCAAGACCACUUAGAAAUUUAGUACUAGUUGAUGAAAUGGAUAGUUUAUCACCUAUAAUGGCGUGUCAGGUAGCUGAUUUAGCAAAUGAAGAUACCCCACAAUUAUAUAUAACUUGUGGUAGAGGACCACGAUCUACAUUGCGAGUGUUACGACAUGGUUUAGAAGUAUCUGAGAUGGCUGUUAGUGAACUACCUGGUAAUCCAAAUGCAGUGUGGACUGUUAAAAGAAGAGUCGAUGAGGAGUAUGAUGCUUACAUCAUAGUGUCCUUCGUGAAUGCUACUCUUGUACUUAGUAUUGGAGAAACUGUAGAAGAAGUGACUGAUUCUGGAUUUCUUGGUACCACGCCAACUCUAAGCUGUUCUGCUUUAGGUGAAGAUGCUUUGGUACAGGUAUAUCCUGACGGAAUACGUCAUAUUCGAGCAGAUAAACGUGUAAAUGAAUGGAAAGCACCUGGUAAAAAGACUAUAGUGAAAUGUGCAGUGAAUCAACGUCAAGUUGUAAUUGCACUCACCGGGGGAGAAUUGGUAUAUUUUGAAAUGGAUCCCACUGGGCAAUUAAAUGAAUAUACAGAACGAAAAAAAAUGCCAUCAGAAGUAAUGUGUAUGGCUCUUGGUAAUGUAGCAAUUGGUGAACAAAGAUCAUGGUUCUUAGCAGUUGGUCUUCAAGAUAAUACAGUAAGGAUCAUUUCUUUAGAUCCUUCAGAUUGUUUAGCACCUAGAAGUAUGCAAGCUCUACCUGCAGCUGCGGAAAGUUUAUGUAUUGUUGAAAUGGGUGCUAAAGAUGCAAAUAAUUCUGAAGAAUUAUCACUUCAGCAAUCCAGUCUUUAUUUAAAUAUAGGUCUACAAAACGGUGUUUUGUUAAGAACAGUACUAGAUCCAAUUUCGGGUGAUCUCGCUGAUACGCGGACGCGAUACUUGGGUUCCCGAGCCGUGAAAUUAUUUAGGAUAAAAAUGCAGGGAAAUCAAGCUGUACUUGCAAUGAGCAGCAGAUCAUGGUUGAGUUAUUAUUAUCAGAAUCGUUUUCAUUUAACACCACUAUCCUAUGAAAGUUUAGAAUUCGCAUCAGGCUUUAGUUCUGAACAAUGCCCCGAAGGAAUUGUUGCUAUUUCGACAAAUACACUUAGAAUUCUUGCCCUCGAAAAGUUAGGUGCGGUGUUCAAUCAAAUUAGUUUUCCAUUGGAAUAUACUCCGAGAAAAUUCGCAAUUCACUCGGACUCUGCACAUCUAAUAAUUAUUGAAACGGAACACAAUGCAUACACAGAAGAAACAAAACAACAGAGAAGAUUGCAAAUGGCAGAAGAAAUGCAAGAAGCUGCGGGAGCAGAAGAGGCUGUAGUAGCAAGAGAAUUAGCGGAGGCUUUUUUAUCCGAGGAACCCAAUGAAGCUGUAUUUGGUGCACCAAGAGCUGGACCAGGCUUAUGGGCAUCAUUAAUAAGAAUAAUUGCUCCCUCAACAGGGCAAACAUUUGAAGUUCAUCGACUUGAGCAAAAUUUAGCUGCUUUAUGUUUAAGCCUUGUAAAAUUUGCUAAUCAGGGUGAUCAACUAUUUCUAAUAGUUGGUAUUGCGAAAGAAUUUCAAUUGAAUCCAAGAGUUAGCAGUGGUGGUUUUCUGUAUACAUACAAAGUUAAUAGCGAAUGCACUAAUCUCGAAUUAGUGCACAAAACCACUUUGGAUGAAGUACCUUUGGCUAUAUGUCCAUAUCAAGGAAGAGUAUUAGUUGGUGUUGGUAGAAUGUUGCGUUUAUAUGAUAUGGGCAAGAAAAAGUUGUUAAGAAAAUGUGAAAAUAAACAUAUUCCUAAUGCUGUUGUAUCUAUCAAUGCAAUUGGACAAAGAAUUUAUGUGAGUGAUGUACAAGAAUCUGUGUAUGCUGUCAGAUAUAAACGUCAAGAAAAUCAACUUAUAGUUUUCGCCGACGAUACACAUCCGAGAUGGAUAACUACAACGUGCGUGUUAGAUUAUGAUACUGUUGCUACUGCUGAUAAGUUUGGAAAUAUUGCUGUUAUACGUUUAGCAAGUGGAAUUAAUGAUGACGUGGAUGAAGAUCCAACUGGAAAUAAAGCAUUAUGGGAUAGAGGUUUAUUAAAUGGUGCCAGUCAAAAAGCGGAUACAGUUGCUUGUUUUCAUGUUGGUGAAACAGUUAUGUCUCUACAAAAGGCAACCCUUAUUCCUGGUGGUUCUGAAAGUUUAGUAUAUACGACAUUAAGUGGAACAGUUGGUGUUCUUGUUCCUUUUACAAGUCAUGAAGAUCAUGAUUUUUUCCAACAUUUGGAAAUGCAUAUGCGUUCGGAACAUCCCCCACUUUGUGGAAGAGAUCAUUUAUCAUUUAGAUCUUAUUAUUAUCCUAUAAAGAACGUUAUAGAUGGAGAUCUUUGUGAACAAUUUAAUUCCAUUGAACCAGCAAAACAAAAAAGUAUAUCGAGUGAUCUCGAACGAACAGCUUCUGAAGUAUCGAAAAAGCUCGAGGAUAUUCGUACACGAUAUGCCUUCUAAUUUUUUUUCUUUUUAUUAUAAUUUAUUACCGAAUUAGUAAGUGUUAUAUUUAACAAAUUUGCAUUCCGUUUUUAUGAAUCCAACAUGUUUUUCAUAAUAAUGAAAAUACGCGCACUGUUUAAUCAUUUGUAAAAGAAAUUCUAUAUAUAUAUUAUUUUUAAUAGGUAGAAAAAAAUUAAUAAAAAUUUUUAUGCAUAA